AAGCCCCAGUGGAGCAAGCUUUCCCCCUGCUGGGGGAGUCGCGUGACGCCUGCAGAUUAUCUAAGAGCUCGCGCACAGGGACAUAUACAGUCCAUCAUGAGUGCUGCUAUGAAUUUUAAAAAAUGCGGCUCUGUGCUGAUUACUGGAGCCAGCCGGGGCCUCGGGCUGCAGUUAGUGGACAGUCUGGCAAGUGGACAGUUUUCACCUGGAAAGAUAAUAGCCACGUGCAGAAACCCUGGUAACGCACAGAAACUUCAGGAACUGGCAGAGAAGCAUCCCAACAUCCACAUAAUCACUUUGGAUGUAGUGAACCAGGAGAGCAUAGAGAAGUCUGUAGAAGAGGUGAGCAAGCUGGUGCAAGAAGAAGGUCUGAACUGCCUGAUCAACAAUGCGGGCAUCAAAGUGGUGGCCGACUUUCAUUCUGUUACCGCCGAGAUGAUGAUAGAAAACUUCCACACCAACACUGUGGCUCCUCUAAUGAUCACUAAGGCUUAUCUGCCUCUUCUAAAGAAAGCUGCGUCCCGAGGAGGGGCAGGAGGCUCAGCUACAAUGGGAAUCCAGAGGGCAGCGGUUAUUAACGUGACCUCACUCCUGGGCUCUGUGGAGCUCGCCUGGGGUGAGAGAGCCAACAACUUCAAAUGGUACCCCUACAGGACAUCCAAGAGUGCCCUAAACAUGGUUAGUCGCUGCAUGGCUGUAGACCUAGAGCCAGAUGGGAUUCUCUGUAUGGCUAUACACCCCGGCUGGGUACGCACUGACAUGGGGGGGUCAGAGGCUCCACUGAGUCCCGAGGAUAGUAUUUCUUCCAUGUUGUCUGUGAUUGGAGGGCUAACUGAAAAGGACCAUGGCUCAUUUCUGAACUUUACAGGAGAGCAGAUACCUUGGUGAACUUGAUGUCCAUCAGUUAUGAGUAGGAUGACUGAGAAUUCUUAACUCAUCCUAAUGGUUAUUGCUUUUACACUAACUAUGCAAGAAUGAAUGUAACUAUGGCUUUUAUUGUGCUGCAUUCCACUUUAUAGGAGCGUAUCUACUAGAGAUGGACCGAUCCGAUAUUACGUAUCGGUAUCGUGCCAUCUCUAGUAUCUACUAGAGCUUUUUCCAAACCAUUUUGCUCUGUCCCCUUCAAAAAGUGCACUGAGCCCUGCGGUCAGGGAAGCGCAUGUUGUGUUGCUAAGAGAAAAUCACAGACUAGAGUUUACAAAUGUUAGCACAAACUCCAUGAACUUUUCAUCGCUUAGGGUGGGCCUGCUGUGUAUUUUUUGGGGCAAAAAAUAAAAAACUUUAUCUGCUACUUGUCUAGCUAGCUCACUAGCUUAUGACCCACUUUUUAGCCUUACUUUAUUAGACUUUUGGAUUGUCUUGCCGUGAAAUAACACCAGCCGUGGUGCAAAUGGGUUCUCGGUCCAUCAGUGUCUUCACAAUGAUUACAUGUACAACAGAUAUCCAAUAAAAUAUCCUACAUAGGGACUAGGUUAGCAGCAGUUUGCAGAUUUGCCCUUAAACCAUGGUAUGACGAUUAACGGCCGUAUGAUAUUUGCAUUUAAUUUGCCCAUAGUCAUCUUGGUUGCUUGGAGAACAGUUACAUCAAGCUAGUGCACUUCUCCUGUUUGCAUUCCUUAAAAAAAAAGAAGUAGGGUUUAUUAUUUAUUUAUUUUUAUUGAAAGGUUCUGCUGCUUUUCCCCUUAUUUUGUUUGCUCCAAUGGGAAACUGUAAAGAUGGAAGUCUUUUUACACAUAUUUGCUUUAAAAAUUGUUUCAAUUUUCAGUUCUAAUAAAUAAUUUAUUCAAACAAAA